AUGGCCCGACCUGGCCUUCCUGUGUCCAUCCUCACUGGCUUCUUGGGCGCCGGCAAGACCACCCUUCUGAACCGCAUCCUCCAAAAUCGACAAGGCGCCCGCGUGGCAGUAUUUGUUAACGAGUUUGGCGCCGUGGACAUUGACGGUGACUUGAUUCGAUGGCAAGGGCACGUCGACGAGCAGAGGGUGGUCACCUUGGACAACGGCUGCAUGUGCUGCGAGGUGAACGCGGACUUGCGGCGACAGCUGCGAAGCUUGCUGAAGGCACGUGCGGAUCAAGUCGAACAGCUGGACCUGAUCGUCAUCGAAACGAGCGGCCUCUGUGACCCAGGUCCUGUGCUUGACACGCUGUCCCAGUUGGACGACCUGGCCUUCUCCUUGCACUUGGACACCGUCGUGACCGUUGUGGAUGCGAGCCACUUCAACGAGUCCACUUGCUUGCCCAAGGCUGCUGAGGAGCUCGGCGUCCAGAGCACGGCAUCGCAACAACUGAAGUACUGCGACCUGAUCCUCUUGAACAAAUGCGACCUGCUGGGCGGGGUCGCAUCCGCGGCCGCAGAUCGGGCGGAGGAAUCCUUGCAGAAGCUCCUCGGGGCACAGUCGACCGCGGCUCCACGUAUCAUCCGUGCAGCCCACGCAGAAGUGGAUCUGGCCUUGCUGACAUCGUGGGACGACCAGGACGCCAGGGAUACUGCGGGUGACGUGGCAGAAGCGGCGCCCACCAAGAGGCGCCGCGUGAGCGAGAAACUUGUGGUGGAUCGAAGCCAGCCACACGUGUAUCGUCAAAGCGCGGCGUCCUUUGUCUACAUGGCAUCUCGUCCCUUUGACCCUCUGCUCUUCGAAGAGUGGAUUGAAGAAGGGCUCCCACGCAGCAUUUGCCGUGCCAAAGGCCUUCUUUGGAUGCGCGGUGUGCCACGGCACGUGAUUUUCCAGCUGUCCGGCAACAGGACGAAUCCAUUCGAGACGGUGACUGGCGGGGGGACGCCGACAUCUUCGCGGCUGGUGUUCAUCGGCGUGGCGGGCAAGCUGCAGGAGUGCGAACAUCAGGUGAGACGAUCUUUGGACCAGUGCUUGUGCAAUGCACCGGGGGCAGUGUAA